GCACUGUAGUCCCGCACCAUCCUAUAUUCUGACGACAUAAUUAUUCUCCAACCAUAAACCCCUCACCAACACUCACUCUCUCACUCCCGGCCCCGGCCGUGCAGCACACACACCUCACUCCUCUUCUCCUUGCUAGCACUCUUCUCAGGUCUCAGCAAGCUACUAGCUCAUCCACAUGCUGAACCUGGCACCAUUUGAGACGCCGCCUCUUGGAAGGCAGGAAACAUCAGCUAAUAAUCCUACCGUCGCCGCCGUCAGGGGAAACGAAGAAAGCUCCAGCAACACUUGCUUGCAUGGACAUCUGGACCUCAGCCUCGGCAUCUCCUUGUCUCAUGGCGGCUGCGCCUGCGCCUGCGACGCAUCCAGCUGUGGAGGAAACAAGCAGGAGAGCUACGGUGGUCGAGAGGGCAGCAGCCGUGACGACAAGGCGGCCGUCGGUCGCUGCAUGACCAGCGGCACCACCACCACUGCAAGUGUAGGACACGACGCCCAUGCCGGUGAUUUGACAGCAGGAGGAGGUGGCUGGACAGCACCGUUCGUGCUGAGCCCGACCGCCGCCUUCUUCAUGCAUCCAUGGAGCCUCGCCGCACGGCAGCAGAAGGCUGCUGCCGAGCAAGACCGGACGCCUCCGCCUCCUACUACCUACAUGUCGAGGGUACAAUACCACACAUGCGCUUCGCCAACAAAUGAUCUGAUCUUUGCCGAUGUCAUGUCAAACAGCGACGGCGACCGUGCGGUCACAUCGCCGUCGGCCGUCGGCUGGCCGCCAGUGCACACAUCCCGGCGCAACAUCAUCGUCACCGCCAUGCACGUGAGCAGGACUGCUGCUGGCGCCACCGCCGUCGCGGCACACGACGGACCCGACGACAGCACGACGACGACGACGCACGCCGGCCGCGAGAAGGAUGCGGUGGCGCCGCCGCCUCCGACGGGCAGCUCGGUGGUUAUAGCGGCACGCCGGCCUCCGCCGGCGAACAUGUUCGCCAAGGUACACAUGGACGGCUACGCGAUUGGCAGGAAGAUCAACCUCAGGGCGCAAGGCGGCUAUGCCUCCCUCUCCAGGGUGCUCACCAACAUGACAACAAACUUCUACUCGCCCGCAGACUGUUCUACAGGCGCAACAGGCACGGGAGAAAAAGAUCUUCCAACCAAUAAUGACAAGUUCAUAUUUCUGUAUGAAGACUUCGAGGGUGACCGAAUGCUGGUUGGUGACGUUCCAUGGGAAUUAUUCCUAGCGUCUGCUAAAAGAUUGUACAUUGUCCGAAACCCAACAUCAAGUGACAAAGGGUGAAGAUGACAGAAAAUAUACAACCGAACAACCGACCGAUGACUGAAGGCACUCUUCAAGCAAGUGAUCAGAAGGACAUCUCUUGAUCUGGCAUAUACAACUUCGAGAAGUAGUUUUCUUCUUGUACUAAUUAAGUAAUGUAGCUAGUAUUUAUGUGAGUUCUAUGUUGUACUAUUGGUGUUUCCUAAUCAAUGUGCAUAUAAUUUUGAUCGUUUUGUAAGGAGAGACGUCCUAGGAAGGAAGAAACAUGCUGUCAACCUUGCUCUAAAGUCUAAACAGUGACAAAAUGUAACACUUCAAAAAUCUUAUUUUUGAUAUUUAUAAAAGUUUCUAAAAAAAA